UGGACAAAGAGUGGGAAUCUUAUAUCCAUUUCAAGGAGAAAGAGCUUGAAAAAUUGGAAAAGAUAGCAUCGGUGCAAGCAGAGACUAACGAAUUGAUGAAAGAGAAGACUAAUGCGAUGAAAGAGAAGACUAAUGCUAAGAAAGUUAGUAUGUAUCUAAAGCUAACUUCGGAAGAGCAUCUCAGUGACCGUAAGAAAGAGUUGUUAGAGCAGUUGUCCAAAGAGCUAUUUGGAAAUUAAUUUCAAGCGAGUCUUUGUCUGUAAUCGGUCAAACUUGUCAGUGGUGUGAAGUCUGUAGUGUUUGCUUUAAUGUUUGCUUUAAUGUUUGCUUUAAUAAUUUUCAAGUGGUGACAGCUAUGUAAUGUUUGCUUUAAUGUAUGGGUAACUGUGUUUGAAUAUGUACCAUUCAAUUCGAAUCUUGUCCUUUUCCGAUAACUUAUUUCAAAUCCACCAGUGGUGUCAAGUCUGUAGUGUCUGCUUUAAUAAUUUGCCCGUGGUGUUAGGUCAGUAGUGUUUGGCUUUUAUGAUUCUCGGGUAACUGUGUUUGAAUAUGUGCCACUCAAUUCGAAUCUUGUCCUUUUCCGAUAAUUAACUCUGGUUGAUAACUUAUUUCAAAUCCACCAGUGGUGUCAAGUCUGUAGUGUUUGCUUUAAUAAUUUGCCCGUGGUGUUAGGUCAGUAGUGUUUGCCUUUUAUGAUUCUCGGGUAACUGUGUUUGAAUAUGUGCCACUCAAUUCGAAUCUUGUCCUUUUCCGAUAAUUAACUCUGGUUGAUAACUUAUUUCAAAUCCGGCACUCAACCACCAUUCAAUGUACCUACUUAUAUGGACUCAUAGCUCCAUUGAUGUACCAAUAUCCCAAAUCUCUUCCAAUCUACUUCAAAUUUCACAAAAAAUGGAUCCAUCUGAGUGUCCUUUUGAUCUUGCAGCAUACAUUCAAAAUAGUCAAAUUGAAGAAGCUUAUGUACUCAACCGAUUUAGAGAGCGUCGAAGAAAAAUUCGAGAAGAUGCUGCACCUCGUAGUAGAAAAUAUCUCGGUAGAGAUCAUACAGCGGCAAACCAGAUGCUAAUUGGCGACUACUUUGCCAAUGAGCCUACAUAUGACGAUGCAAUGUUUCGUCGUCGGUACCGGAUGCAAAAGCAUCUUUUCCUUCGAAUCGUUGAUGACCUUUCAAGUAGUGAUAACUACUUCACCCAACGCGUUGAUGCAGCCAAUAAACAAGGUAUAUCACCCUUAGCAAAAUGUACCACAGCAAUGCGAAUGUUAGCAUAUGGUGUGGCAGCAGAUGCGGUCGAUGAGUACAUCAAAAUUGGAGGUACUACAGCAUUGGAGUGUUUACGUAGAUUCUGUAAAGGAAUCAUACGAUUGUAUGAGCAACAGUACCUGAGAGCACCAACCCAAGAAGACCUGCAAAGGAUAUUACAUGCUAAUGACAUGCGGGGGUUCCCAGGCAUGAUCGGGAGUAUUGACUGCAUGCACUGGGAGUGGAAAAAUUGUCCUAAAGCAUGGGAAGGUCAAUUUACUAGAGGGGAUAAGGGAACCACAACAGUUAUUCUUGAAGCAGUUGCAACUUAUGACCUAUGGAUCUGGCAUGCCUUUUUUGGAUGUCCUGGAACGUUGAACGACAUAAACGUUCUAGAUCGGUCACCAGUGUUUGAUGACGUGGAACAGGGAAAGACUCCAGCUGUGAAUUUCGUUGUGAAUCAACGUCCCUAUAAUAUGGCAUACUAUCUAGCCGAUGGUAUCUAUCCUUCUUAUCCAACUUUCAUCAAAACGAUUAGACUUCCUCAAAGUGAACCCGAUAAGUUAUUUGCAAAAGUUCAGGAGGGAUGUCGGAAGGACAUCGAACGUGCAUUUGGAGUUCUUCAAGCUCGUUUUAAAAUCAUCCGUGAACCAGCUCGCUUGUGGGACAUAGAUGACUUGAGUAUCAUUAUGAGGUCAUGCAUCAUAUUACAUAAUAUGAUUGUCGAGGAUGAACGAGAUACAUAUGCUCAACGUUGGACCGAUUUUGAGCAAUCUGGGGAAGGUGGAUCUAGUACACAGCAACCAUACUCGACCGAGGUUUUACCCGCUUUUGCAAAUCAUGUGCGUGCUAGAUCCGAGUUGCGUGAUUCAAAUGUUCAUCAUGAACUGCAAGCAGAUCUAGUGAAGCACAUCUGGGCAAAGUUUGGAAUGUCUCAGGAUUGAAGAUGAUUUGUAUCGUACUAUUUACGUUAUUUGUGUGUUGUGUGCUUAGUUUUUCCUUGUCUUGCAUUUUAAGAUAUUGUGUGCUUAGUUUGUUGUCUUGCAUUUUAUUUUAAGAAAAUAAAAUAAAUUCUUGUAUG